AUGAUUGUUGCAAUCACGCCCCUGUCACGCUGACAAAUUCAUGCGUCAACGGAACUUAACAUAAACCAGUGUGUUUCAGUGACUGCAACUUACGCCUCCGAACAAUCAAUCUCUAAAUACAUCUACACCCAACCACCCAAACCACCGCCGCCGGUGGAGGAAAUGGACCCAGCUAAGUAUAUCGGGAAACAGCCGAUGGCGAUGGACAUAGAGCAGAUGCCCGACACCCCACAGCGUGGGACCCACCACAGACGGGCCCAUUCCGACACCUCCUUCCGGUUCGACGACCUCCUCCUGUUCGACCCCUCUGACCUCGACCUCUCUUCUCUCGACCUCCCUGCUCCUACACCACUUCCCUUGGCCGUCGAUUGUGGCUCCUUAUCCGAUGACUCCGCAUCUCUCAAUGGCCCUGAUACAAAGCCCAAACCCAUCAACCACCUCCGGAGCCUGUCCGUAGACUCGGAUUUCUUUGAUGGGUUGGGCCUUACGACUGGCGUUGGAGAUGAGAAGUUUGGCGGGAAAGUUGCGGCGACGGCAGCCGGAGAAAAGAGGGUCCACCACAGGCAUAGCAAUUCGAUGGAUGGGUUUACUACGUUGUCGUUUGACAUAGAUUCUGUUAUGGUCGAUGACGUUAAUAAAACUACAGGUCCUGAUAGACUUGCUGAGCUUGCUUUGAUUGAUCCCAAGAGAGCUAAAAGGAUUCUUGCUAACAGACAAUCUGCAGCACGGUCAAAGGAGAGAAAGAUACGAUACACAAAUGAGCUGGAGAAGAAAGUGCAGACACUUCAGUCAGAAGCAACAACCCUGUCUGCACAGGUCACAAAGUUACAGAGAGACACUACUGGAUUAACAACUGAAAAUAAGGAACUCAAAUUGCGAUUACAGGCUAUGGAGCAACAAGCACAACUUAGAGACGCUUUGAAUGAAGCAUUGAGGGAAGAGGUGCAGCGGCUUAAGAUAGCAACUAGACAAAUUCCAUCUGUCAGUGGAAACCCUUUCAACCGAGGAUCGACUCCAUUGUUCUCCUCCCAUCAACCGGUCUUACAUCACUUUGGCAGUUCCCUAGCCCAGCAACACCAGCAGCAGCAGCGACACGUGCCUCAGCCAUCUGCCAACAACCAGACUCUCAACGAGCAGCCCCAUCCUGGCUUCACAAACUUCAGCCAGAGGGUAUAGUGUUUGUUGAGAAGCUUGAAUCUUUUGUAUUCAAAUGUUGCAAAAUUAGGAACUAAAAUUUCAACUAGCUAGCAUCUUGUAUAUGUAAGCUUGUACAUGCGUUAGUAAAAGUUGUGUUUUUUUCUGAGUUGCUUGUGACACCAAGCAAAAACUACGUUCUCUUUAGGACAGAUGUUAAUCAUAACAUGUUGAAACAAGUUAGGUCUUUUGUGAAAUAUUGAUGGAUGGUUGCUUCCUGUAA